CAUCCCUUGUAUUUGUUUUCCAAAUGAAUUAAAUUAUCCUUAUAUAGUAUUGCUUCUAGUGUCACCAAGUAUACUGCCAUGUAGCUACAGUGACACAAUUCCAAUAAUACUUGAGGAGACAAAAGUCCAGUGUGUUAUCUAAAACAAAAGCUGCUUACAGUCAUCUGCCAUUAGCUAGGAGCAUGGCUGACUGGCUAAACACAAAAGUUAGCCAAUCAUAGGUGCAUCCUCAGUGAAUGUUGUUUCAGCUGUAGCCAUGGAAAUAUGACACUCAACUGUGUUCGGUCACCAGAAGACUGAGAAGAGAUUGAGAGGAGACUCAUCAUGGGCUAAUGGGUGAUUCUCGCGAAAUUAGACUUAUGAGGUGUCAUGAAACAUUUUGAUAAUAAAAGUAAAUGCUAUCAAAAUAAGAAGGAUACAGUUAUAAACAUCUCUUCAUCUACUAUUUUGCACAUGAUUUCAAAUUACAUAAUAAAUACCAAUUUAUUAAUUUUUUUCACAUUUAAGGGAAAAUUUCUCAUUACCGCAACGUGUCCAUGACUGGAUUUGGGUUCUUUGAGGUGGAAUAUUUUAUAAUUAAAAAAUAUAAAAAAUAAAAAGCUUCAGUGCAUGUUGUACUAUAAACAUUUACAGUAAAUAAACAUGUGGUAUUUUGUGAUCAUUGGUAAAUGUAAUAAAAAUAAUAAGGAAUAUAAAUGUGUCCAAGACCAAUUUUCUCAUCCUCCGCAACAAUUUUCAAUCAUUGUUUAAGUCCUCAAGGAACUAACAUUUUCAAGGAGUUUUGCUGGAAGGGACAUAAUUGACUGUGACACUCAAGAUGGCUACCAGGUAAGCAGUUCUUAUUUUUUUUCUCCAGAUAAAAGUUAAAAUGUUGCUUGUCAAAGUACCUACACAACUUUUUAGUUCUCAUUACCGAAACAUGAGUUUGUGAAGUUUUAAAAAAUGUUGCCGUUUUAAUUUUUUGAUUGCUAUAUACCCCAUUAUGGUCUAAGUAUAAAAAGAGAGGGAAAGUUUAGCUAACCCUCAUUAAUCUUCAACAGUAAGCAAAAAUGUUUAAGGUCGCUCAUCCUCCGCAACACCAUUAUCAUUCACCGCAACAAUUGAAGGCCUGUUGCGGUAGAGAUACUCAAUGUUUCAGUAAUGAGAAAAAGACUUAUGAAGGAGGAAUGUGCACUAUAACUCUAAGCUAAUAAGCUAAUUUCAAUAUAACUUGAUAUUUGCCUUAACUUCUUGAACAGAUUGCACAAACAAAAUAGCUAUUACAACCCCCCCAGCAGGGCUCACAAAUUUUUCAUUUUUAUGAAGUGCAUCCACAAAAAGGACUGUGAAUGCAGUAUAGGCCACCUACUAUAAAUGUAAUAUUAUUAAAUUUUAUUAUUAAAUUUUUUACUGUAAAACAAUGUAUUUCUAUGUCUUUUUUUAUGAAAUGUUACAUUCAAUCAAGAUGGAUAUUGUAUAUUUUGUUACAGGCAAGCAUCAGUUGAAAAGAAAAGGGCAUCAGCGAAAGAAAGGCUUGCAAAGCAUAGGGAAAAAAUAUAUAGUAAUCCAGUGUUACUUGAGGAGUACAGAAGAAAGGAGAGAGAAAGGUAUCGGAAACGUAAAGAAAAUGGUAAAAUUAAGACUACUCAAGACCUCACAAGUAGACAGCAUGAGAGAAAAAAAAAAAUGUGGAAGAAAAAUUCUGCAAAAUAUUACAGAAAAAAAAAGCAAGAGCAAGCACUUCUAGAUCUAACCCCAACAUCUUCAUUUUCUGAGACAGAAAAUUCCUUUGGAAAUGAAGAAAAUAACAGACAGGAACACGACACAAAUAAUGAAAGUCUGAACAGAACACCAGCAAAAGAAAGUUUAGACCUGAAAGGGCCAAUUGAGGCAUCAACCCCACAGAGAACACGGCCAGUCAUUAAAAAAAGAGAGCGGGCAUCAAGGACUGUGGCCAAAUUAAGAGCAAAACUAAGGUAUGUUGAAGAGAAACUUAGGGCAAAGAAAACACAACUGCUGACACUAAACAGAAAAAUUAGAAGGCUGGCGGCUAAUAGAACAAAAAGUGCAAUGCUACCAGCAAAUAUUUCACAGAGGGUCAGUAUCAGAGAGGCUAAAAAGGGACUGAUGAUCAAUAGCAGGCGCAAACAACUUGACAAGAUUGUGAGCAUGUUCCUACAUCGGGAUGAUGUCUCAACUAUCAUAAAUGGCAAGUCUGGAGAGAUUCGUCGCAAGGGACAAAUUUAUAGAAAAAGAGCACUCACAGACACCAUGGCAAAACUCCAUCAACGCUUCCUUGUUGAACAUCCUGAGCAAACAGUGUCCAAAGCUCAGUUCUUUAGAUUGAGGCCAUUUUGGAUUAUUAGGCCUAAAGUUAAAGACAGAGAGACGUGUGCAUGUAAAAUGCACGAGAACAUUGGCUUUAAAUUAAAAAGAAUGCAACAACUGGGUAUCAUUGAAACAUCAAGCCCAGAGGAUCUUGUGCAGUCCAGUGUGUGUGACACUGGCAACAUGUCCUGCAUGUACGGCAGAUGUCAAAAAUGCAUUGAAAAGACCUUUCCCACAUCCUUAGAUCCUCUCACUCAGGGGAACACGGUCAUCUGGCAAGAGUGGGUCACAAGGUCUGUCACUGUAACAAAGACCCUCAAGGAUGGAUCUACAGAAGAAAGGCAGACAAAGAAAACGGUCCUCGAAAAACGUACCUCAUCCAUUGAGCGGUUGCUGGCCCUAACAACAGAACACCUUCCAGGUUUUGCCAUUCACAUGUUUAAUGUCAAGAACCAAUAUUUGUCAUUGAAAGCAAUGAAAGAUACCCUGACAGAUGAUGCUGUUGCUGUGCAUGUAGAUUACAGCGAAAAUUACAGCUGCAAAUAUGCCAAAGAAAUCAAGGACACCCAUUUUGGAACUGGGAAUGAUCAGGUAACCCUCCACACCGGGGUACUCUAUCUCAGUAGGGGCAGAGUGGAAGCCUUUGCAUCCCUCUCAUCAUCUCUACAGCACGAUGCAGUGGCAACCUGGGCUCAUCUUGACCCAGUGCUGAGAUACAUACGAGGAAAGUAUCCUGAAGUCCACAACCUACAUUUCAUUUCAGAUGGCCCAACUUCCCAGUAUAGAAACAAAACAUCUUUCUAUCUAGCCUCCACUGUGCCCUUUAUGCAUGGAUUUGAAUGGGUGACCUGGAACUAUACUGAGGCAUCACAUGGCAAAGGUGCACCAGAUGGAGUUGGUGGGGCCUUGAAGAAUCUUGCGGACAGAAUUGUUUCUUAUGGGACCAGUAUUCCUGAUGCAGACUCUCUGUAUGAGCAGCUGAAGAACAAUUCAUCAGUGACUCUGUACAAAGUAUCAGAGGAGAAAAUAAAGGCCAGCCGCGAAUUGGUUCCCCCCAACCUGAAAGCAGUUCCUGGGACACUGAAAAUACACCAACUGACAUCCACAAAACCAGGAGUCAUAAAUACACGGGAGGUGUCAUGCUUUUGUGGAAAAAAUUGCCAGUGCUUUUCUACAAAUUGCCACAUGUUCUCUGAGGAAAGAGAUGAGGACCCUGACAGAACAGAGGCCACCAUAGAGGUUGGACAGUGGGUCCUGGUUGAAUACGAUGGUGACUUGUUCCCUGGUACAGUCACACAGAUUGCUGAAGGGCAGUAUGAAGUCGACACCAUGAAUUGUGCAGGGGAGAACCGCUUCUAUGUACCAAGCAUCAGAUUUCCAGGAGAAAGGGUCUGGUACUAUCGUCAGGACAUACGGGACAUAAUCCCAGAACCACUUCCUGUCACCUCCUCUGCUAGACAUUUCUGCAUUUUACCUGACAUAUGGGCAAAACACAAGAAAUGCUCAUGAAUGAGUUACAGUUUAGGGAAAACGUGAUUGGUACAGAGCAGUCAUUCCAGUUGUUUGUUCUAGUUGUUUGACCAACUCAAAUCGAGUUGCUGCUAUUCAAGUUCUUCACAUUAAAUUAUUCUCAGAAAAAGUUUGUGUGGUUCAAUGUCAGGACCAAAUUGUUUUAGCUAAACUAAAUUCUUUUUACAAGAGCACAUGAUGCUGUUAAAUUUAAAUGUUUCUCAGGACCACAUGAUGAUAUGUUACAUUGAAAUAGUUCUCAUCACAUGGUUGUAUGUUUAACUAGAAUGAUAAAAUGUAUACUAAUGGUUGUAUCAUUGUUAGUACUACAGUGUAGGCUACAUGACAUGAUUCUUAAGAAGAGCACAAGAUUGUAACUUGUUAACACAAGUCAUGGUAUUGUGAUGAUUACAAUAAAUGAGAAAAUGAAACACUGUUUAUGAAAUAAAUGUUCUUUUAAAAAUUGUAUGAGUUUUAAAUAUGUAAUAUAGGGUUAGGCAUCAAACCCCUUUGUCAACAGUCAAUGUUUGAGCUAAAUAUCAUUUCCGAAACAUUGAUCCUCAUUACCGAAAUGACAUUUUCAUUACCGCAACAUGUAUAUUUUUUACAAAUUAAGCAAUAAUUAGAUCAUCAUAAUUUGUUUUAAAAUGCAUAUACAUAUUAUACAACACUGCUUAUUUAAAGUCUGCUACAUGACAAAUGUGUAUGGUAUCUUUUAGUAAAAUAAUUAAAUAAAAGAAAUUGUAAGUCAUCGCGCAUGUUUCGGUAAUGAGAGAAAAUAAGGAAAUUACAAAAAAUAAUAAAUAUGAAAAAGUAAUAUCUCCAGAGUUUAACAUAGCUUUGAGCAUGAGUAAUAAGGGUCUACUUUAACAUUAGCCAAAAAUACACAUUUUUAACCAUAUAUUUAAUGUAAUGUCAUGUUGCGGUAAUGAUAAUUUUUUAUGGACUUCAUCUAAAAAAUUAAAAAAUUAUAUAGGAAAUAUUUUUUUAAAUCUUCUAAAAAUAAUGGUUAUAGUAAGUUCAGACCUCAAUCUUAUAUGUGCAAAAAGAAAAUUGGCUUCAAGGGCAUUUUAAAAAUUCUGAUGCUAGACACCUGCUAUAUCUGGAUUUCAUGAGAAUCACCCUAAUGUGUACACACGGCACACUUGUUUUUAACAAUGCUUCCCCAGCCUGGUCUCUCUGUGAUUCAAAGCAAAGUUCUUAGCGAUGCAAUGAAGACACAGGGCAGGUUUAUUCCCACAGGGCAGGAUUUCGCUUUCUGUAACAUGUAGUCAAGUAACAGACUUUUUAAGACCUUUUUAAGACCAAAUAAAAAAUAAAUAAAGGAAUAAAUUGAACCGAAUACAAUACAAUAAUUCAAAAUAGUCUUUAAAUGUAAAUAUAGCAGCUUGUAUAUCUUGUUGAUAUUGGAAAAAUGAUCAACCAAUCUCUAUUUUUUAUUCAUAUUUCUUUGUUUUCAUUUAUUUGUUCAAGGUUUGAAUAUCUCUGCUCCCUACCAAUAGUAGUUUUCCAGCGCAAAUGUCUAAAGAUCCUUAAAUUAUAUGCAUUUACUUGAGACACAAAAUAACAAAAUAGUAAGUUUUGUUUAUGAAAAAUUCAUCAAAAUGAACUGUUUGAUUAAAACAUUAACAAAAAUCUGCCGCAGAAAAACAAAUUCAGCUUAAUUUUCAAAUGCUUGUUCUUUUUUUUUUUUUUUUUUUUACACAUUAACUCUCUCAAUCUUGAUUGAAGGAUUUUUGUAUUGGAAAACAAAACAAAAAUACUAAGGAAGAUAUUCUUCUGCUUUUUUUGCAGCACAUAUAAUGACAAGCCUACGUUUCUGAUCCAAUAUAUUUUUAGGCCUUAAUUUGUGGAAGGGCUACUUAAGACUUAAGUCCAAGAACAUAUAUUUCAAAGUGUCAAAGAACAUUUCGUUAUAUUUAUCUUAUUUUUAUUCAUUUAUUAGACACUCCAAUAUAUUUUAAGUAACACAGCGAGAGCGUUUGUUAUGUCAUGUUUUAAAUCAAGUUCCCACUUGUAAAGUGGGGAAGAACAAACAGCAGUAUAGAACUGACAUUAGACAGACCACGAUUCUAACAAGCCAGGAUUACACAAUUAUAAGAGCUUCGUGCAAGCAAAACGAAUGGGGGACAUAAAAUAACUAAAAUAUACAAAGUUUUAGCCAAGAAUAAUCACUGUCAGCUUUCUGAAAGGAGAACACCUACUGUGACCUGCAAAUUUACAACACACACAUACUAAAAAACUAAUGGAAACAAUGUGGACUUGAUUUCAUCCAUCAGGAAUUAAUCGUAGGUGAAAAGUGGGUGUUAUGCACUAAAAUGGAGCCAAACCAAAUGUGAGUUUACUAAAACAAAUGUCUAAACUGCUAUUUGGCUAGCAAAUAAAUAACAAAUAGCCUGUGUGAUGUCAGUGGACAAUUACAAGCACAAUAAAUUGUUCACAAUAAGACCAGGCACAAACAUUUAGAAAUCAAUUUAGAUUUCUUUUUAAGCUAUAAAAAUAUGCUUAAAUUAAAUUCAAAAUAUGCGUUAAAGUAUGUUAAGAGACCGACAACAUGUAUAAGCCCACUGGCAGGAUUUGUAAAAACUAAAAGACCGAACACGACUUAA